AUGGCUGACGAGGUUUUUACCCGGCUCGCGGGGCCGGAAGACGAUGAAGCGAGUCGUCAGGGACGCGAAGACGAGGAACUGGCCCGGAACAGCGACGCCCUUGGUAGGCCAAAACAUGAGUCCCGUACGAAAAACCCAAAGCGAGGUCUUGGAGCUGUUGAUGGGCGUGCCGUUGGGCAGGACUUUUUCUUUUUGGGAUUUGUUCAGCCUGGCUGGCACUUGUUGGGUCGUGGAUCGGGAUCGCUGGCUUGGACUUCACCUACCUGGCAACUCCGACUCGAAGAAGAUGUGGCGGAUCGGGAGGGAUUUCUCGAUGAUGGAGCGGCUGGAUUUGCAGACUCGGGAGGUCGUGAGGAUGUCUGCGAGGGGGAGGUCGGUGAGGAGUUUCUCGAGGAGUUUCAAGGUAUUGAAUGCGGCGAAAAGGGCGAGGGCAGCCAUGUUGAAGUGCGAAAUGGGAUACAAAUGCCCUUUUCGCGUGUUCGUGUUUUCAAAGCAGAGGAAAAGAGAGCAUUCCAGAAAUCGCCCCCUCCCUCCCUCCCGCCAGUGAAUCCCCCAACGCACAGACCCGUCACACGCAGCCUUCCGCUACGCAUCGGCUCAGUCACGAGCGGCGGCCCGCAGGAAGACUGA